AUGGACAAGAAAAAUAAGAAGAGGACUGUUAUUAAGCGGAAAACUGACGAUCCUGUUGAGAGUGAAAAGAAAAAAAUCAUGGUGAAUAGAAAAGUUGAAGAAGAAAAGGACAAAGUUGAAGUUGUGAACCAAGUGGUGGAGGUUCCUGCGGAGCAGGCUCAACAAAUCGUUCAUACGGGUCAGUUAGUCGAAGGUAAUUUCGAGCAGCCGGUAUUUGUAAAUAUGAAAGGAGAACCUGUUCAAUUGGGACCAAAUACGGUCAUCUUAUAUGAACAGAGUGGGAAUCCUUCAAAUUUUGCGUUUGGCGGUAUGUGGACGAUGGACUCCUCGGGUAGGAUCGUUAUGGCGGAGACUAUUUAUGACGUCAAAGGAGAGCCCGAUGAAGAGACUGGUACUUUCGUUCAGAAUACUAGUGAAGUCAGUAGUCAACCAGUUGAGGAGCAAACUACCACAUAUCAACAGUAUGAAUUAAGUAGCAACGCUCAAGUUGAAGGGCAAGAGUAUGAAGUGGCCAUCAUUGAGAAUCCAGGGGAUACAAAUGAGAGGUCUACAGAGAAUGAGGUGAUAUCAACAGAGGCUCAGUUGGUGGCAACAGGUCCUGGUGCAGUCCGUUGGCUUAACCAGAAGUACGACUUUGUUGUGAGAAAACUGCAAUUGAAUUAUGAUGCCGGUGUGAAACUGAUGUACUCACUAUCUGGGUGCAUCCAGUGCGUAUAUCUAACUACCCCCAGUAUGCAGCUUGCGUUCAAUGCAGUUCCUCAGUUUCUAUGCAUAGAAACGGGUAUAGAGUUCAACAGCAGUAUGUCGACUGUAAAUGGUUCUGGUACAUCCAGCAUCAAGCACAAUGUCACCCUAUUCCUUGCCGAGGAUGGAAAUGGGAAAUCGGUCAUAGUUAGUGCAGGCAUAUCAACACUGAUUGGUGAGGAUCUCACGUGGCUGCUGGAUACCUUUAAGUCCUGCAAUCCGGCAUGGCGACAAGUGCGAUGUGUCGUGUGUGAUCCCACUAAGAGUGAACAGGAGGUGCGUGCAGCUUUCCCCGGGGCACACAUAACGUGUUCCGUGUGGCAGGCGUCGUGCGCGGCUGCCAGGCUGUGCGUGGAGACGGCCCGGCGCGAGGACUCGGCGGCCGCGGCGCUGGCCUCUCUCGCACUUGAUGAUGUCGCCGCCCGCUGCAAGACAUACGCACUGGCACUACUGCGGGGAGACCACACUCCAGCACAGCUGCAGGUAUUAAAGCGGGGCAUUAUCGGCACUGGUGCUGGCACCUUGAGGCUGUGGGAGCUACUGACCCGACCAGGUGGUGCUGUCAGCAAGCUGGACUCCUGGCUGGAAGCGGAUAAUUAUACAAAUAUAUUGCAUAAGGGCUUGGAGAGGCUUGUGACGAAGUUCCAGACGAUGGUUCGCAAUCAGAUGCAGCCUGACGAGUUUGUCUCAUUGUUCUUCAAUGUCGCCAAUCAGUUGGAGGAUGAGAGAAGGAGUUUUGCCAUCAGUCGUCUUAGGGAUAUGGAAACACUGAAGCAGUCCCCAACGGACACCAUCACCCAGUACGCGUACAACCUCAUGAGCCAUCAAACGAAACUUGCGCAGCGCUGUUUGGAUGAUCGCACUAGCAGAAGGCACAGCAGCGCUGCGAUAUGUAAAUACGGCACGUCCACGCAGGAGUGUUCUUGCCUAUUCAGCAAAGUUUUCCGUCUUCCAUGCCGGCACAUACUUAUGCUCACCACGGAGUUAAAGGUGAAAACGCAUAUACCUUUCGAGCCCCGCUGGACGGUGCAAUAUUGUUUAUUUGGCUGCGAGACCAACACUGGCACCACCACAACUACAACUAAUACCACUGCUAGCACUGGCACUUUCAUGGAGCAAGUGGUGGUGGAGGAUGGCCAGCAUCGGCAAACCAUUCAAGCUCAGCCUCAGCAAAUACAUACUGUCGGUGGCGUGAGACAGCAACAAUACGUACUCGCGGCGCCUGGGCAACCAGCGACUCCAGUUUCACAGGUGAUAUUCUGCGGUGGGGGCGUUGGCGGCGUCGGUGGAGUGGGGGGCGCCGCCCCUGUUAUAACCUCGGUCCUUCCUCCAGGAGGGGCAGUUCUCACCCCUCAUCAUACACUACAUUAG